CACAACCCCCUGAAAGCGAUUGAUAACAUUGCCUCAGCAGAGGAAUGCCCAUAAUCUGCCCUACUUCCAUUUGUGGGUAGAGCUGGAGGAAGGAGGUGAGAAAAGGAAAUCUAACUCACAGUCCUCUUGGGAAUUCCCCUAUGUGGUGUGAGUCAAGUAUGUCCCUGCUGUACAUCUGCUGAGACUUGGGGACCAGUUCUACAAAGAAGCAAUUGAACAUUGUCGCAGCUACAACUCUCGGCUGUGUGCCGAGCGAAGUGUCCGUCUUCCCUUCCUGGAUUCACAGACUGGGGUAGCUCAGAACAACUGCUACAUCUGGAUGGAGAAGAGGCACAGGGGACCAGGCCUGGCCCCAGGUCAGCUGUACACAUACCCAGCACGUUGCUGGCGCAAAAAGAGGCGUUUGCAUCCCCCUGAGGAUUCAAGGCUGAAGCUGCUGGAAAUUAAACCUGAAGUUGAUCUGCCUUUGAAAAAAGAUGGGUUCACCUCAGAAAGUACAACUCUGGAAGCCUUGCUGCGUGGAGAGGGAAUAGAGAAAAAAACAGACACUAAAGAGGAAGACACUAUACAAGAAAUCCAGAGGGUUUUAGAAAAUGAUGAAAAUGCAGAUGAAGUGAAUGAGGAAGAAGAUUUGGAAGAAGAUAUUCCAAAACGAAAGAACAGGCCUAGAGGACGGCCAAAGACCCCCACCUGGAAAAAAAUUUUCCAGAAAAAUGCUCGGGGAUCUGGAGGUGGCAGGAGACGGAAUGAUGCUGCCUCCCAGGAUGAUCACGACAAACCCUAUGUUUGUGACAAUAGUUACAAACAAAAGCAUAACUCAAAAAUCUCCGACAAAGUCUGUGGCAAGCGCUACAAGAACAGGCCUGGGCUGAGCUACCACUAUGCUCACACCCACCUUGCCAGCGAAGAGGGUGAUGAAGCCCGUGAGCAGGAGACUCGCUCUUCCCCUGUCCACAGAAAUGAAAACCACAAACCCCAGAAAGGACCAGAUGGGGUCAUCAUUCCCAAUAACUACUGUGACUUCUGCCUUGGAGGCUCCAAUAUGAACAAAAAAAGUGGUCGGCCUGAGGAACUUGUAUCGUGCUCAGACUGUGGGCGCUCUGGACACCCGACCUGCCUGCAGUUCACCACAAACAUGACUGAGGCUGUUAAAACCUAUCAGUGGCAAUGCAUUGAGUGCAAAUCCUGCAGCCUUUGUGGGACCUCUGAGAACGAUGACCAGCUGCUCUUCUGUGAUGACUGUGACCGUGGCUAUCACAUGUAUUGCUUGAAUCCACCAGUCUUUGAGCCCCCAGAAGGUAGCUGGAGUUGUCAUUUGUGCCAGGAGCUGCUCCGAGAGAGAGCAUCAGCUUUUGGCUACCAGGCCUGAGGAGCUCCAGCAGUCAAAGAAACACUUUGCUCCUGGUGUUGCCAUACCAGCACACGAUUCCCAUCCAGAACACAAAGACACAACCCACACCAAAAUGAACGGACACUCAAAUACAGGAAGAGGUACCUGUGGUAUUCACUGUCACUAAGGCCAUACCUCCUGGGCUCUACUAGAAGGAUUGUGUAUUCUUCCGAUGCUCUGGAUGAAAUUUCUUCACUGCUAUGCAUGGUUGCUGCUUGCCAUUAACAGGCUCACAUACAUUACAGAAGGGGGAGGGUUGUUAUAUCAACAGGGAUAAGUCAAUUUUGUGUGGCCUUGUGCUUUCUCUUUAGUCUUUUUGUAAAAGCAAAAGUAGUUAGAUAUCUCCCAAGGAAUUAUUGGUGAGUACUUUAGCUAGGAGCAGCACCAGAUGCUUCUUUUCACAGGCUUGACUGGAAAUCUCUUUAUGGCAACCACUCUGUAUAUGAAUGGGUGUUUAUGAGGGGUGCUCUGAGACUUGCAAUUAGUUCAAUACUUCCCAGUUCAUGAACAGCACAUGUUCACCGAUCAAAACUUUUUUGGGGUGACACUUUCUCCAUUGGAUCAAAUGCCCUGAUUUGGCAGAUCUUUAGAAACUUGUCUUUAGUGUAUCUGAAGGAAGAGCAGCACUGGUAUGUAUGCACAUAGAUGCUUAGAAAAGCCUACCGUCUUUGGUAUUUCAGGAUAUUCAGGCACACUGUCCCACUGCAAUGCCAGCAUGCAGUCCAGCCUCAUAAUUUUUUUUAAUUCAGAAAAUUCCAAAUGGUUAUGUAUGUAACUGACUUUCCGUUUAGCUCAGAAAAUUGAACAAAAGAGAAAAUGUCAUCUUAAGUUGAUCAUAGAAAGUAAAAUUGUCAAUUUUCUGAGCAAUCUAAAGUAAGCCGCAAAAAGGAACAACUUUGCUUUAGGGUCAAAUGAGGUGCUUUUGAUUAAUUUUUUGAAAUUUCUAAGCUAAAAUGUUCUGCAACUUAAAAUUUCAUCUUCUUCUGGGAAUUGCCUAAUCAGGAUUUCCAGCAUUUCCAAAGUGUUACAGUUUUUUGUCAAAGUCAUUAACAAGGUCUAGCUGAAUUUCCAAAUAAUUUUGCCCCCAAAUUCUCUACAACUGCAUUUUUUGGCAAAUGAGAUAAUUUGUCAAAAAAACCUUCCCCAGCUCUAAAGGAAAGACUAAUUUAUUGAAUCUAAUAUGAAAAGAAGGAUUUUCAUAAUGAUUUUAAAAUUUAAAUAGAAAUAGUUCUACUUUAUUUAAACAAACCCCUGCAUGUGAAAUGAAGAAACAUUAAGUAAGUAAGAGCAUCAUUCGAAAAAAGUUUAUUGCAGUUAAGUCUCUUUGAAUAAUUUAAAACAUCACUAGGAUGAUGAGUACAUCAAUAACUUCUACAAGAUGCAUCUUUAAAGUUAAAAACCUGCCACUUCUUCAACUGCCAAGUAGCCCAGAAUAACCAUUUUCUUGGGUAUGAUGUAUAUUACUUUCUAUGCAUAGAUUUAAGUGGGUUUAUAAUAUAAAUUUAUGAGAGUCCCAAGCAGCAUGUGACUCAUGUUGCUUGUACAAGUAGGUAAGGACACUGAAGAUUAUAUCUGGCAUGUUUAUUUUGGUUGAAACUUUUCUGCAAAAUUAAAUGUCCCCGAACACUUGAAAAACAUUGUGAAAGAAUACUGGUAAGCUAUUUUUUAUUUCCUUCUCCUGCUAAUUACAUUUAGUUAGAAUGAGCUAUACUGACCUAAUGCACUUUCCCUCAUUAUUUAGAUAGUUUCUUCCCCUUUUGUUUUUUGUUCAAAAGUGGCUGUUGUCAGCUGCUGGAUUCUCCUGCCUACUGUUGCAGCCUCUUCUCAGGCUGCAGCAUUAGUAUUUUAACCUGUUAAAAAAAGAUUUAGGAAUUAUUUAUCCUAAUUGUAUUGGACCACAUCUCUCUUGGAGCAACUGCACUUGCUACCUGCAAAAUUCAUUCAAUAUCUUAGGCUUUCCAUGUGACAGCUCCUCAGAUGAGCUGAGAGCACAAAGAAAUGUGAGCAUCAGGUAUAGGGAGAGCAAAGUGGAAGCUCAUGCACCUGCAUUAGGUGUCUGGUGCCUGUUGGGACAAAGCUCCAGAACAAAUGUAAAAUAAAACGUCUUCCUUCCAGCCUGGAACUGCCCUGGCCCUGGUGAGCACUUGGAGAACACAGCUCAUCUGCAUGAGCAUUUAGACCCAUCUGUUGGUGUGGUUGAACCUGCUGACCUGGUACUUUGGGACCAUCACAUGGCUCAGUCUUACACAAAGUCUUGUUACUGCUGUGGCCAGGAGUGCAAAUAUGUAUUCACCAGAGACAUCACUGAGCUCUCUCACAGAAAAUGGAUGUUUUGGCAAGAGUGACUGGAGCUAAGUGUGCGUACUGGAGGAAAGUUUUAUGGUGGUGCUGGCAGUGGGAGCAGCAGAUGUGGAUUAGUGUUUGGGCUGGUCCUCAGCCUAAGUCCUGCUGGGCUUAGUUCCAUCAUAAAAAUGGCCAUCACCUUCCAGUUUCCCGGUAUUUGCAUUGACUUUGGGGGAGGAGUAGGACAAUGUUUGCAUUCUCAAAUGAAGAGGAAAAUGCAUGUUGUUUUAGCCUGUGUAUUAAGCAGACAGUGGUGGCUCAUCAUGCAAGUCUCAGGUAGCCUAGUUGGUGGGAGUGGCUGGUGCAAAAUUUCAGUGGUCUCCAUCCUUGUGAUGGAGACAUUGCUAAAGGAGCUGUGCUCUCUGCACACACCUGCUUUCUUAUUUUGUGGUUUUGAUCCAUAGUUCUGACUGUUUUCUCCUCCCACAACCAUUCUGCAGCAAAGACUAUCUUUCAUGUUCAGAAAUACUCUUCAGUGGCCUUGCUGAAGUUUCAUCACUAAUGAGGUAUGAUGGAAGGAGAGAUUGCUAGAUCUUCAAUGGCAAAACAUUGUUUGCCAUCUGAGAUCAGUGUGACAGAGUACUUACCCACAAGUGGACCAGCUCAACUUUCCAGCUUUAUGCUCUGUAGCCAGGCAGCUCCAGGUGAAUUUGGCAGCAGAUUAGAUGCAAGCUCUCCCCUGCUGAGAACUUCCUCCAGCUACAGCCUCCCUACUUCACUAGCUGGGUCUAAGACAAGGGGCCGGAAAGGCCACUCAGUGUCAUCUUUAGAGUGCAUUCAGAGCCAUAUGUCUUGGUGCACUUUAGAAAUACUAACUGAUCCCCCAAGUGAACAAUGCUGUACCAGCUUUACUGAGAUGGGGAGAGGCCGUGGCACAGCCAUGGGGAUUUGGAAGAGGAGGAGUUUAGAAGCUCUGGUAACUGAUUCCCUGUCAUCUGCUAUCCUGUUGAGGAUAGUCUUCCUGCAUGACUGCUGGGAGGAAUGACCCGGGCAACACCAUCCGCUGUCAGGCAAAUGUUAUAGCAGUGAUCUGGUCUGGCCAGUAAACAAUGUGAGGGCUCUGGCUCAUUGUGCUGUUCUCUCUCUCUUGCUAUGGCAAGGCCUGCAAGGUUGUUGGCAGCCCCUAGGGUGAACAAACUCUGGCAUUUUUCAAAACUCUUCUGUGUGGGCAAGGCAAGUAAUAUUUUAGCACAAAUCAGGGCAAACUACCAUGAAAGAUGGUAGAUCCUGCAUGCCUUGAAGUUUUCAAAUCAAGAACAGACAGAUUCCUAGAUGUAUUUCAAUUAAAUGCAAUCUUAGUUAAUCACAGGAAUGUCUAACUGAAAAAGGCUUGUGUUAUAGAGGAAGUCAGGCUGGAUGAUGUAAUUGUUCUUCCUGGUCUUAUUAUGAAAACAGAUGUUUACUGUGUGAGAGGACAUAUUUAAAUAAAAGCAGUGUCUGCAUAAUGGCCUUGAAGUAUGUUAGUUAAGCAUAUUAACCUGAUUCUUCUAAUUUUUAACUCAUUUUGAAUAACCUAAAAAAGGUCACUGACAGAAAAUCGUCUUUACUGAUGCAGUAAAUUGCACAUUACCUCCUUCAUGCCCACAAUGGCAACUACUUUGGUGUUAGCUACCUGAGGCUGUUCCAGAGACUGAACAAUUCAGACUAUAUUGUGUGAAGCCAUGGCUUGCUUCUUGCUCUCCCUCUAUCACAUUUGAGUGCUGUGUUGCCCAGUUUUCUGUCCAUGGUGGGAAGACCAUCUGGGGAGGGGAUCACUUGCAGUGGCAGACUCAGAAACCAGAGGGGUGGAGAAAUGGUCUCAAAAGGGGGAGCAUCCAAGUGGUGCCACUGAGGAGGUGAACCGAUGUUGCCAUCACAGAGCCUCCCCUGUAGUCUGGACAAGGCAAUACCUUUAAGAAACAUGAGAUGGGUCCUAAUCUGCCUCCAAACCACAUUUCCAUAGCUGUGUCAUUGCACUGAGUUUAUGGCAUUUCUGUAAAUGUACCUCAGGCCAGUUCUCAAGCUAGGAAAGUCACCGUUAAGUGUGUUCUUUUGAAGCAAAUGCUACUCUAAAUAACUUUGAAAUCAUUAUUUCUCAUCUCCCUUUAAAAGGAGCAUAGUAAAUUCUGCCCCAAAGGAAGACUCUCCCGCACCAUGCAGUGUUAUGGGGCUGUUCCAUGUUCUUUACACCUACAGCAUGUGUUUUGACAGGGGUCAUUUGGGAGGUGAGAGUGGAUGGAGGUAGAAAGGAAUAUUAAUUAAGCUUGUCACUGCCAGAGGGAUCGCGUGCAUUGUGGGCAAGAAAAUUCCAGGUAGGGCUUGGUAUGAUUUUUCUGUGUGGAGUAAAUUUAUUUUUAAAAAAUGUGCUUUUGAGAGAACCGUAAAUUAUUCACAUAUCCAAGUCCAAUCUGGUAAAUUAGUUCUACAAAAAAUACGGGGGAAAUAUUGGAAGAGUUGAAAAUGAUUGUUUCAAUCUUUUUAGAAUUAAUCAUUUCCAUAUUUGAAUUUUAAAGUUAAUCUAAUUUAUAUUGGGAAAAAUCUUGCACCAGUCUGAAAGGGAAGAAAAUGCAAAUCUUAUGGAGGACAUGAUUAAAAGAUGGAUUGUCUAGUCAAUUUUGUUACGGGAGGCUGUGGGCUGCUCAUGAGGAGGUCCCCUGACAUUUUAACAGUUGACCAGUUCUCCGUUUCUGUGAAAAUAAGUUCUGCGGAGAGGAACAGGCAGACAGGACAGGAAAACCCUCUUUAACCAGUCUAGGUUCAUUAUGAUCCUAGCCUCUCAUACUUUUGCAUGAUAUACUGCAUGACAGGACAGGGUAAUAGUAUGCAGCUGAGCAGGGUGACCACUGCUGCAGGCGGGUUCUGGCCUAGCCCCCACGACAAGAGGUGUCUGUAAAAACAGCCUGUGGCCAAACAGGCAGAGGUGCUCACAUACUCAUUUUCCAACUCAGACCUCAGCUAACAACAGCUGACCUGAAUGGGAGACAACCUGUACAGCAAUGCUGUGGGUUGUGCCGCUGCCUGCUGACAUGGACAGUCAGAGCUGCUCUGACUGGGAGCAGGACAUCGCACUCCACCUAAGCGGAGUCAUAAAGCACGAGGUUUAUUUCUGCUUACAACAGGGAUCGCAGCACUGCUGUGGGCAGGUGCUCAAAUCUAUGGCUCGCUUCUGGAGAAAAGGCAGGAUGGCAAUUCUUAGCUGUUUUUGCAAAGCACUUGGAGCCUACCAACAGUGUGUGAGUCCUGAGUGCUGCUGUUUACCACAGCGCUGCAGACCCACGCUGCACUGGCAGAGUAAGAAGAACCAGCUCUCCUAGACUGCUCCUUACACCAUUUAUUAUUACUGCCUGGGAGAUCGGAACAGGUGACAAGCCAGGAGUUUAAUGCCGAAGGUCGAAGAUCCUGAAGAAGAAACCAAAAAAGUUUAGUUAUUGUGGCUGGGCUUCUCCUCUGGUAAAAGAGGGCAGGAUCUGGGACUGGCAGGCAGCCAAAUCCAUCUUCAGUGAUGAUAUAAUUGCCAGCAAUGACCUCCAGCCCCAGUGGUAAUUAAAUGGCUUUUUGGGGCAGGCAUCAAAGCUAGUCUGGUUUAUAUAAGAUAAACUCAGGUUUGCUGAAGGGGAAAGGAAAGGAGGUGGGGUGUGCCAGGUUUGAAGAGGACUAAUUUACAAGUGCAGCUGCCCAGCCCACUCCCUGUCAUGUCCCCAUGGCAGAGUAGCAUCUCCAUUCUAUCAGUCCUGGUGCCAUCAUUUGAGGCCAAAGCAUCAAGUCUCUGGUCCUGGGAGUAGUUUUGCAGAGAGAGUGCUGGCAGUGUCCCAGCUCUGUCGCUGGUGAUGCUGGCUGGGGCACAAGGUCUCACUGCACUGCAGACAAGGGUGAGAGUGACUGACAUUCUCAGGCAGUAUUCCCAGCCCUUGGGGUUAGUGGUUGUCUUGAAGAAACCAGGCUACAGGAUGUGCAAGCACAAUUUUGCUGUCCUGAUGGCCAGGCCUUAGCAGGGUAGCAGAGAGGUGUGUCACUGUCCUGUUUCUCCAGUUGCACCACUGGGGUAUUUGGCUAGCCCCAUCAUCACUGUGCAUUGAGGCACUUAACUGAGGAAGGAAGGUAAAGAACAGCAAGUACUUCUGGGGGACAGAAGGCUUUUUAGGGUUUACCCUCUUAUUGUAUGCAAGUGAGAAUGCCAGGCAAUUUGCAGCUGGGGAAUCAAGCCAAUAGCUUAUUAAUAUUUCCUGUGCAUUUCUGCCACACUGGAUGAAAAUGUAAAGUAUUAGUGCAUUUAGAAUAUAUGUCGUACGGUUGUUUUGAAAUGAGGAAACUAAUAUUUUCAGAUCAGCCUACUGCCCUUUGUGUGCAUGAAGUUAACAAUAGAACACUUCAUACCUGAAAACUGCUGAUUUUUCAGGUAUUGAUAUUUUCUUUCAGACUGUUGUCAGUCUAGUCAUCCAUCUGAUUCAGUUCAUUGUAACAAACUAUAGGUUUCACCUCCACAGUGACUCAGGAAAUAUUUUAUUUCUUCCUACUUUUCAGGAGCUAGGGAAAGAGAAGGGCAGGUUUUAUUCUUUGUGUUCUGCAAGACUGAUAAAGGAUGAUACAUUCAUUUCAUGUUCAUCUCCUUUCCAUGUCUUGAAUGAUUGAAUUGCUUGGCUGGGAAAGCAUUCCUGUCUGUAGCAGUCUGAAGGGUCUUUGCUAGCAUUGUCUCACCUGUGUAUGAGAAAGCACAGUCCAACAUUUUGUCCACUUGAAUAGGACUCUUCCUGCUAUUGUCAUAUAAAACUUUGAAACUUCUAAGUCUCAUCAAGGAACCUUGUACCUACAGUUCUGAAAAUCAAGAUAAGGAUUUCCCUUUUAUUUCUCCAGAUUUUCUGCCUGGAAGGCCAAACCCUCUGCCACAUAUGAACUCUGGUAGAACACAGAUCUGUUUCCAGCCUUGACAUCCGCUGCUACUGGACAAAGGACUGCAUUUUGAUGUUCACUAUGCACUACCAGUGCAAAAUUUGCCAGCAACACUAAAAGAGAAGUAUCUGCUGAAAAUCAAAGGACAAAACACAAAUAUUAUGCCUAACAUACUCUUCCUUCAUAGCUCUCCUAGGAGUAAAACACUGGAGAUGUGCCCCUGCAUCCUUUUGGGAAGGCUAUAGCAACUGCGUGAGGAAUUUCCAAGUGUCAUCUCCUUUGAGCUUUAUUACAGAACAUCUUUCCUUGUUUAUUUCAUUUUUUCUUUUCUUACGAUAUUUCAGAGACAGUAUGUACUAAAACUGAUUUGAAAGAUCUAGAGGAAUUCAGAAAUAGAGACAAGUCCAAAUCAAACCAUCAGGUUUUAUCUCUCCCUUGGAUGUGUACAACAAACCUUUGAUCAUUGCAGGGAAUCAAGCUCAUGUGUUUAUUUAAUCCCAGCUCCACAUUAAGGUCAUACAAUAGUUCAUAUAGACCUUUUAAUUUUAAAAUGUUCUUUAAAAAGAAAAACAAACCAGGGAGAAACGUUUCCUCUUUUCCGUGAUGGCUUUCCAUUUUUUGUGCUGCAGCAGAGAUCAGCAGUCCUGUUUACUUAGACAUUCUUCCAUCACUGCAGCCUGGAUCAGAAGUGAUGGGGAUAGACCUGGAGAUAAUUUAUUUCAUUGAAUUUCAGAUGAAAAGAGAAGCUCAAGAGCAUUUAAGUAUAUUAUCAUCUGUGCUAGACAGUCCAAUUGCCUAAGAACCAGGAGCUUGUGUACAUGUUAAUGUAUCAGUUCACCUUUUCUUCAUUUGCCAUUUCAGACUGAAUGUGCCACCAGUGUACCCUUUUUUUUUUUCACUAGAAGUGGUGGCAAAGAAAACAUAAACACUUAAAACUGGGGUGAGGAAGACUGAGUUAUCACCUUUGCUGUUGAUCUUUUAUUUGACUUUGGGACAACAUUGUCCUCAUUAUUCAAAAGGAAAAUUGAAGGAAGAUAAAUCUGUGACACCAUAGCAGUUCUCUCAGAUAAAAGCUCUGUUGUCAUCAACUUUUAAGUGCAUUUUAAAAUGCUGAAUAAUGAUCUCAAAAUAGUGGCAUUCCCAUUAAUACAUUGGCAGAGCCUUACCUUGUGAUGCUAUAGUAUAGAUUUUUAAUUAGAAGACUUAAGUUAUAUAUACAAAUAUAUAUAUUUGUGUAUCAUAUUGUUAUUUACCAUAAACUUUAAUCUAGAAUAGCUCUAGAAUCCUAUAAUAAGUGUUACUCACCUUGAAGGAGAAGAAGGAGGAAGGAGAAAAUCCUAAUUGUUUUGAAAAGGUGUGUUAGCAUUCUAACAUAAUAAGGCAAAACAUUAUCCCUUAUAACUUAAUCUCAAUCCUAUUUGAAGCAUGACUUAUCAGCACAUGAAAGAGUACCAAUACUUUAAAUGGUGAGACUGAUUCUCAGCUGCUCUCAGUCUACAUUCCUCCAUUGACUUUAAGUCAAGAGGUUGGCCUGGUAUCCUAAAGAGGCCCAGGCUAAGUAGUCUUAGACUUUAGUCUUUAUUAAAAGUCUUAGACUUUAGUAUUUAUUAAAGUGCUUAAUAGUUGAGCACAACCAACACAUGUAAUAAAAUAGUUAUUUCUUUCCCAGAUGAGUUUGGUCUAUUUGUGCUCUGUUCUGGCUCAGUCUGGUUCUGGUGAUGCCAUGUCACAGUUUCCAAAAGAAAGUGAGAAUUCUCAGCAAAAGAUAAUGAUGGAGCACUCAGCAACCAGGGAAAAUUUCUCUCUGACUUCAUGGAGUUUGAGCUUGACUCAGCAGUUUUCAGUGUAUUACCUUCUGAUUUUCUGUAAACAGCCCCUUACUGCUAUAUCAGGAAGCAGUGGACAGCAGCACAUUUUCCUCUUCUGUAUCAGACCUCACCUCGGUCAGCUCCAACCUCCCCUCUCUUACCCCUUUCUAAUCAGUUCUAGUCUUUUUGAUCUCUCUGUCUCUUCAUGUGGAAAUCCGUUCCAGUCUCUCUCAUUUUUAGCAUCUCUCCCUGGAGUCAGUCCUCCUCAGCAUCAUUUGCUUUGAGACUUGCACCCAGGAUACGCCAUAGGUUUACCGAGUUGUGUUUAAAUCCUCUAAGUUUUAACUCUCUCCCGAUGAUAUGUCCUGACUGUAUGUCUUUGCUUUUUAGCUAUCUUGUGAGUGAGCCCAUCAUCACCUCUGGGAUAUUAUUCCUUUGUGGUUACAGCUCAUCUCAAAGGAACCAGUGUUACAGCCAAGUGAAGCCAUGCAGCCUUGCUGCCGGCACACACUCUCCCUCCUUUCCCCAGUGCUCCAGCUGGGGAUGUGGUCAGGCUGCCGGCACAUGAGAUCACAUCCAGCAGGGCUACUCUCUGGAAGCCAAAGUGUUGCUUAGUAACCCACUCAUGGAAGUACCAGAAGCAUUUUUCAAUCUGUCACAUUGGCAAAAAACACUGGCUUCUUGAUUUAGAGGCAUUCUGCUGUGCAUGGCAGGGCCGUGCUCCAUUAUCUUGCAUCCAGCACAAUCUGCAAGUGAGGAAAUGAACCUCCCAUUUAAUGGAGGUGCUGGGAGAAAAUGGGGGUGUGAGGCACAGAAAAUAUUUGUCUAAGAUCGUAUGCGAAGCUUUUAGCUGGUUCUCCUGGCAUCCAGUCUUCAUCUUAACUCCCUUCCCGUGGGAGAUAUUCCCUGCUUAUGAAAGUGCACUCCAGGGUCCUAUAGCAAUCGGCCAAACAGGACCCUGCAGCACCUUCAUCUAUUAUGAGACACUACUGCAAUAAAACAUGGUGUGUCAUACAGAAACUGGAUGAGGUAUUGCAAUAUUUAUGUUGUAAGCCUCAGUGUCAUGGACAAUUGCUACAAAAUAAUGUAUGUCUUUUUUUAAUGCAGUGGAGUCACAGCAGCUUCACAUGAGCACACUGAAUACACACCAUCUGUGACUGCAUGAUUUCCUCAGUUAUUUUCAAAUUAUUCUGUUACUGAAACUUAUAUGAAAAACAUCCUCUCAUUUAAAAAUAGACUGUAAAGACUUUUAGGUUAUCCCCCCUUUUAAGAAUAAUUCAAUUUGGGAUCAAAACAUCCAAGAACUGUGUUCUGACUUCAGAAGCUUCCUCCUUUAGCUGGCACUGGUUUACCACUAAAAAUGGCCUCAAAAAGUAACUUGAGGGCUUUUAUUUGAAGUAACUUAUUGGUUUUGCUAUCACAUCUCUUCAGUUUGGAAAUGAAAAGGCAUUUUAAACAAUGUCUAGCUUUGAGCCCUGGGGUCCAACAGGGCUCUUCCCAUCUUGUCAUCAGAGACAGUAGAACCAUAGUCUGUGUCCAGCCACAGUAUCAUCCAUUUCUGUGGCUUGCCUCCUGUUGACAGAUUGUGUCCUGGAAGGCCUUUGCAAAUAAUUGAAGGACUUUUAUAAGGGUCAUGGAAGGUCCAGAGUGGUCUUAAGACAAGGCUGUUAGACAAGUGUACCUGAGAGGCUCUUUUAGUCUUCAGAGAGUCUCUUACCUGGGAUGAUGCUCAGUGUCACGGUGAUGAAAUCGUUAAAGCUUGUUUCUUGUGUAAAACCCUUUUAGUGAAAUGCACAAUAGUUGCGUGCUAAAGCUUGGCUCAGCAUAAAGACGAAAAAACAUCCCAUAACACGAGAAGCUCCUGACUUGAUUUCUGAGAACUUUCUGAGGAACUGAGUACAUUCCUGUGGUCUAUUUCUAGUCUAAUAGAUAAAUUUGGGUAUGGGAUAAAGAGUCUCCCAAAUUUACUGUUUUUACUUAUAUUUUUAUUUAAGAAAUACAGAAAGUGAUCAAAAAAUGUUCCUGAUGACUGGCCAGCAUAAGAGCAAUUGAUCACCUGCUGUGGAUCGCAGUACAGAAGUGUCUACAUCACAGAAAUAUCCAGAAUGAGCUGGUUUCUCUAGGGGGCAGGGAGUAUUUUUGGCAGGGAAGCAAAGACUGGGAAGGCCUGAUCUACAUUUUUAAUUCUUGGAACUGGCUGUCCCAGCUCAGAACUGAUGGAAAUCUUACCAUUGUGAUGCUUUGCUCUGUGAAAAGAGGAUUCAGAGAAGCACUAAGUGUACAAUGCAUUAUUUGUUUUAAAAGUAUCAGGGUAUCUAUUUCCAGUCUUCUAAUACACUAACCUUGAAGUUUAUUCGUAAUUAAAUAGUCUAGUCUUACCAGUUAGGCAUUGAAACAAAAGAAUCAUUGUUAUAAAGACAGUGGACUAGGGAAGAGCAGCUGGACUGGGUAACUUCUAGACAAUACUGAGAAAGCACAUCCACUCCCUGCAUUCACGGGGGAAAGAGUAGCUUUUUCUUUGCACGUACUGCACAUUCUGCAUCAUAAAAUUAUUUGAGGUGAGAGUCAUUUUAGUCAUUUUAGACCUAAAAGGAGGGGACAUUCUACUAGCAUUAAUUCUUGUUGCUUAGUUUGUGGGGUUUCUAUCUGCUCAUUUACUCAUAGCCUUCUUUUCAACAUUUGAGGAUGCUCCAGGUUAUGUCUGUCUCAACUAGCUGGGAUAUGCCUGCCUUAUGGAAACAACAAAAUAUGGGUUGGAAGCUGCCCCACUUCCUGGCUGUACAUACCCCUACCUACACAUGAUAUAAUGUAUGUUGAGUGACUGCAUCGUAGUUGCUUUUGUAAUGUAUUAACUGUGGUGUCAAGAUAAUGUGGUUGGAAAAAAACAUAAGUACUUACAAAUUAACAUGAAUAGAAAAAUGAAAGUCACUGAAAAGGCAAUACAGCUGAAGAAUUCUUACUGUGAGCCACCACCAUGUUUUCUACAACAUGCCAACUUCUGCAUCCCCUAAAUAGCCUUUUAUACUCUUUGCAGCAGAAGUGAACCUGACUUUUGUGUCAGUACUCUGAGCUGGAGCCAUCGGUGUUCAGUCUUUUCAUAAUGUGCUGAUGAAUCAAAGAGCUAACCUUAUCAUGGGUUUGCAAACUUCUGUACCUUCCCACCAAAAUAAUCCAAUGCCAGUCAGUGUCUUGGUUUAAUGACAAUAUAUUCAGGAGGUGAGACCUCCAAUGAGAUGAACUCUCCUCUGUUGUUUAUUUCCCUGCCCCAACUCCCACUAUAGACAAGGUAAAAAUUAUGAGGAGCCUGAAUGGCAAAAA